UAUUAUAAUGGAGCUAGAUUGUCUCUUUUUUUAGCUAAUAAGAGGUAUCUAAAUGAAAGUCACCUGAAUCUUGGAAUUAGCAUAUUGGGUUAGCUGCUAUAUCUUGGCUAAUUAAAGCAAAAUUUUAAUGGAAGUUGGACUUCCUUUUUGUAAAUUGAAUGCUUAUUGGUACUUGAUGUCUUAUGUCAACUGGAUUUGGCAGGCACAAUGAUCCUUUUGUGUUGGAGCUGGAUUUUGAACCUUUUAAUGCGAAUUUCCCACGGCCCAGCAGGUCUUCAUCCAUAGGAAAUGGGGUUCAGUUCCUUAACAGGCAUCUAUCGUCUAUAAUGUUCAGGAAUAAGGAUUGCUUGGAGCCGUUGGUUGAUUUUCUUCGGGCCCACAAGUAUAAAGGGCAUGUGAUGAUGUUGAAUGAUAGGAUUGGGAGUGUAUCAAGGCUUCAAUCACAAUUAUCAAAGGCUGAAGACUAUUUGCUGAAGCUUGCGCCUGAUACCCCCUUCUCGGAAUUUGCUUAUGCGCUCCAACUCUGCCUGUUCUCUCUUAUAGCAUUGAUGAUGUUUAAGUGGAAGCUUCCCCUUGGUUGAAUUAAUUUGGGUUGUCAACUAGCAGGAGAAUUGCUUGCAAACUGACUUCCUAGGCUUCAAUGCAAGUAUCAUUCUUAUAUUAGACUUUGCCCAGCAUUGAGCAUGUCCCUGAAUUUUGACAACUCUGUGGUUUUCAUUGGCAAUGACAUGCAUCGUGCAUAUUUCUUUAACCAAAGGCCUUGAUUUAGGUGAAAAGUGUUACUUAUCUGGCAACAUAUUGAAAAUAAUG